CGCGUUCACACUAGACUUCUUUUUUAAGAAAAAAGCGCCGCCUUCAGCGCCUUUUGAGCGCCUUUUGAGGGCUUCAGUGCGAGCAUUCUGUAACCUUAACAACGGUAAUCAUACAUUCUAGCGUUACAUCAUUAUCCGUUAUUAUCAUUUUCCGUCGGUUACUUUUUGAAGUAGAUAGGCUAAAAGACACAAUGGCGAAUCAGUUACAAUUAAUUGCUUUAGCUUUGGCGUUUGAGGAGGAGGAGGGGGAGGAACAGCCAAGGCGCCGUUUAUGGGUGCACGACAUCCUCCGCAAUAGGGAGUCGCAGGGGGCAUUCGGCCACCUAAUUCAGGAGCUCCGCCUAGACGAUGCUAGGUUCAAGAAUUUUUUUCGCUUGGACAAGAGCCAAUUUGAGGAUCUCCUAAGGAGGAUUGGACCAGAGAUCUCAAAAAAGCAGACACAUCUCAGGGAGACCAUCAGCCCAGACGAGCGGCUUUGCAUUUGUUUGAGGUAUUUGGCAACAGGGAACUCUUACCGGUCCAUUGCUUUCCACUUUAGGGUAGGAAUAAGCACUGUGGCUGGAAUAGUCAGGAGUGUGUGCGAGGCCAUUUGGGACUGCCUGUCUGGGGAGUUCCUGGCCUUUCCUACAGAGGCUGAGUGGAGGAAGAUUGCAGAGGAUUUUGCAAGAAUGUGGGCAUUUCCCAAUUGCGUAGGGGCAAUGGAUGGGAAGCAUGUUGUCAUUGAGGCACCUCCAUUAAGCGGCUCCCUUUAUUUUAAUUACAAGAAGUCAUUCUCCAUUGUACUGUUGGCGGUAGUCGAUGCACACUAUCGUUUUAGGGUGGUCGACAUUGGAGCCUAUGGCAAAAAUAGUGAUGGAGGAACAUUAGCUGCCUCUGCCUUUGGGUCUGCCCUGCGGCAGGUGACCCUCAACCUCCCUGGGGAUGCCCCCCUACCUGGAGCAGAGAACUUGGGGCCCAUUCCUCAUGUUUUCCUGGCGGACGAGGCAUUCCCCUUGCGGAGAAAUCUCCUUCGCCCCUACCCUGGGCACACUCACGGGGAAAAGCGUGUUUUUAAUUACCGCCUCUCUCACGCCAGGAGAAUGGUGGAGUGUACCUUCGGCAUCCUUGCGGCCCAAUGGAGGAUAUACCGGAGGGUGCUUGGUGUGUCACCACAGGUAGCAGAGUCAGUUGUCAAGGCAACAUGUAUACUACACAACUUUCUGCGAUGGGGGGGUGCUACAGAGGCACUGACUGGUCCAGCAGAACCAUCUGCUGGAAUGAGAAGUAUUGGCAGGGUUGGCAGCAACAACGCCAGCAACGAGGCCAUUACUGUGAGGACCAACUUCACAACUUAUUUUUCAUCUGAAGCUGGUCAAGUCCCCUGGCAGAACCGCCCCCUGCACAUCCCACAUGCCCUUCAGUAAACUUUUAAAAACUAAAUCAGUUGAGGUGUGGUCUUGUGAGUUGUCAUUUAUAGAACAAAUUAAGCAAUGUGUCAAG